GAGAUUGCUGGAGAAGAUCUUGAAGCCCACUUCCUUGGAUUCGCGUGUUGAUUUCAAAAUCAAAGCUAUCCAUAAAUCUCUAUAUAAAGAGACAUAGAGACGUCGUCUUCUUCACCUCUUCUUCACCGAGAAACCAAAAAGUUUCAUAACUAAAAUCCAGCAAUCUCUCUAUCUUUUAAGUAAGUGUUGUUUGAGAGUAUCGUAGAAACGAAGUUCGUUUAGAAUCCGUGUUUUUCUGUGUGCUUUUAAAACCGGAUUUGAGUGAUUGUAUCCUGCGGCUCUUGAAUUAAAGAAUCCCGUCGCACUGCGGGUGAUUCAAAGAGUUACGGAAAGAGAUUUAUUAUCUCGCCUUCACUCAAUAUCUCUUACCGUAACGUUUAAUCGUUUAUGCUGUUCUUGUAUGUCAAUCACACUUCCGUAGUGUUAAUAAUUUUCUGCUCCUACACUUUAAGCUUUUCGAAGAGAAAAAAUCAAGAAUCUGGUUUCCAGGAUUCAGACAGUAGUAAACCAUCUCCGUCUAAAGCACACGGACCAAAACCCUCUGAGGUUUACGGUUUUGUAGGAUCAUUGUGGACUAUUGUUGCCACUGUCAUCUUCUUGAUUUGGGCAUAUGUACCAGAUAAGUUCUUGGAGUCUAUAGGCAUUUAUUACUACCCAAGAAAGUACUGGACCAUGGCUAUGCCGACGUAUUCGAUGGUGAUUGUGUUGUUAGCUUUGGGGUUUUACAUUGCUCUCAACUUCAUGUCUACUUCAAACCCAACCUCUCUUACUACUUUGUUUGAUGAUUACAGCAGAGAAGCUGAGAAUCUUGACCCGGAGAUGAAAAAAGAAGACUUGCCAAUAGAUCCAAUCUCUGAUAUUAAUAUUACAAGAUUAAACGAUCUUAUGUUCAAUUCUUCGAGUCUCGCCAAGUCUUUGUUUGAAAGCUGAGAUAAUAAGUAAUAAGUAAGCUGUUU